AAAAUAAUUUUUUUUACAAGAAAAAAAUGGCUUCUAAUUCAGCCUUUUCUCUGUUCUUGAUUUUGUUAAUUAUUACACAAUGUUUAUCAGUCCUCAAUGCUGCUAAAGAUUUUGACUUUUUCUACUUUGUUCAACAGUGGCCAGGGUCAUACUGUGACACAAAACAAAGUUGUUGUUACCCUACAACUGGAAAACCAGCAGCAGAUUUUGGAAUUCAUGGACUUUGGCCUAAUAAUAAUGAUGGGACUUAUCCAUCAAAUUGUGAUCCAAACAGUCCUUAUGACCAAUCUCAGAUUUCUGACUUAAUUAGUAGUAUGCAACAAAAUUGGCCAACACUAGCGUGCCCAAGUGGUAGUGGCUCAACAUUUUGGUCACAUGAAUGGGAAAAGCAUGGCACUUGUGCUGAAUCCGUUCUCACAAACCAACACGCUUAUUUUAAGAAGGCUCUUGAUCUCAAGAAUCAAAUUGAUCUUUUGUCAAUUCUUCAAGGUGCUGACAUUCAUCCUGACGGCGAAUCUUAUGACCUGGUCAAUAUUAGAAAUGCAAUUAAAAGCGCGAUUGGAUAUACUCCUUGGAUCCAAUGUAAUGUAGACCAGUCGGGUAACAGUCAGCUAUACCAGGUUUACAUUUGUGUUGAUGGCUCGGGUUCAAGUCUCAUUGAGUGCCCUAUUUUCCCUGGAGGGAAAUGUGGCACAAGCAUUGAGUUCCCAACAUUUUAAACUAGUGUUUGUUCUUUUAGCCAUAUUUCAUAUGCCUAAAUUUGUUGUCUUCCCUUUGUACUAUUUCUUGUUUUAGUUAUAUAAAAUACAUCUUCUAAUCAUUGUAAAAAGGCUAUGCCUUGUUUGGAGCAAUAACAUAUUGAAAAUUGUUGUUUGUU